UUUUUUAAAAUAAUGAGCAACAGUUCAGAGGAAAUUUCUUGGAUUACCUGGUAUUGUGGAUUACGUGGAAAUCAAUUUUAUUGUGAGGUUGAUGACGAAUAUAUUCAAGACCGUUUUAAUUUGACUGGUUUGGUUGAACAAGUACCUUAUUUUCGUCAAGCACUUGAUAUGAUUCUUGAUUUGGAACCUGAAGAGGAGGAGCAUGAUGAUGCACAGGCUGAUUUGGUGGAACAAGCUGCUGAGUUGCUUUAUGGUUUAAUUCAUGCUCGUUAUAUUCUUACAAAUCGAGGAAUUGAGCAAAUGAUUGAAAAAUGGCAAAAUGAGGAUUUUGGAAACUGUCCACGUGUUUUCUGUGAAAAUCAGGCUGUACUGCCUAUAGGCAUGUCAGAUAUCGUUGGUGAAGGUUCUGUUCGUCUUUACUGUCCUCGUUGUUGCGAUAUUUAUUUACCGCGUUCAACAAGACAGCGUCGAGCGGAUGGAGCUUAUUUUGGGACUGGAUUUCCUCAAAUGUUAUUUUUUGUCCAUCCUCAUUUACGUCCAAGACCGCCAUUUAAAAGUUAUCAUCCAAAAUUAUUUGGAUUUAAAAUCCAUUCAUCAGCUUAUAAACCAAUUCCGAAUGAAGAAAAUAUUGCCGGUCCAUCUACUACAAAUAAUAAUGGAAAUAUUCAAUUAAAUAAUAAAAUGAGAGUUGAAAAAGGAGGAAUUGUUAAUAGACAACAAAAUCAAUUAAAAACAACAACCCAACAAUUAAAUUCGCCAACAGUUAAUUUGGGGAGUUCUAUGGAUGAUGACUAUGAUGGAGGUUCGAAUUGGAAUUUUAAUAAAGCAAGAAGACGUUUAUUUCAUUAA